AUGAACAACACUUCCGGUAAUAUUUCCGCCGCCUUGCCGACCGCCCACUGGUCGCCGGCGCCCACCUUCACACUCGUCGUCUUCUGCACCGCGUUGACCUUUAACUUAACCGUCCUGGCGGUGUUCCUCUUCCGCCGCUCCCUCCGCGGCGCUUUCCAGCUGUACAUCCAGCAUCUCCUCGUCGUCAACAUCGUCUACCUCCUGCUACAGAACCCCCUGGACGUUCUGCACAACCUGUACGCCGCCCGUUGGCGGUGGGGCUACACGGCCUGCACGGUGUACUUAUACGCUAACCACGUCAGCGAGGCGCUGGUCAUCCACGCGCACAUGCUCAUCACCGUCAAUCGGGUAUGGGCCGUCGCUGCGCCCAUUCAUUAUCGGCAUCACCACCGCCCUUGGGUGGCUGCCGUCUUGUGCGGCUGCGCGUUGAUCUGGGUGCAUAUUUGCCUGCUACCGGGCGUCGUGUUGGAUGCGCUGUUUUACCGCUUAUCCAUCGAAUUACACGGAUGUGAGCUAAACGGUGGGAAGCAGAAAUCCUGGUUCUUGAUCGCCACCUUCCUCAACUACAACAUCCCCAUCGCGGUGAUGUUGCUGGCCUACCCGUUCAUCUGCUAUAAGCGGUGGCAGCGCGAGCAUGCCGGCAACGCGGUGCGCCCGGUGCCGGCCAUCACGGUACAAAGCAGCGACACCCACUCGCUGUCCAGCGUCAAGAUACCGCCGCUGCAACGGUCGCGCUCGCACCCGCCCCGGGGACGCACACACUCGUUUGUAUUGCUGUCGCUGCUGACCUGCAGCGUGGCAGUUAACUGGAUUCCCAUCCAGGUAUACUACACGGCCAUUCUCUUCACCGACGCCGAUCUAAGCCGGCUUUUCCAUGUCGGCACCGUACUCUGGUCGCUGCAGGCGGCGCUGGAUCCGCUCUACUUCACCGUCGUUUUUACCGAUAUCCGGCGUGUCUUUGCAACCGUUUCCGCGGCUUUUAAACGACUUUAA